GCAUGCACGGCAUCUUCCUCCUCGCUGUCGCCUGCCCGCCCGUGAGCUAGGCAACAAGCCCCGCGCGCUCACGGGCGGGAUACAACCAAAACCGCCCGAUCUCCCCGUUUCUCUCUCUAAAUCAGCGCGCGCCUGCCUACUGCGGCCGCAACUACAGUCGCCGUCGCUCCCAGCCAAUGCGCCGCUCUCCCUAGAUCUUAUCCCGCCCAGAACGACGCGCAGGCGCAGUAUAAGUUUGCAGCUAGCAGGUGGCUGCCGCCGUCUCGAUCGACACAAGCAGGGAGAAGAAGAGGAUUCUAGCACAUGGCACGCGGCAGAAGCAGUAGUUCUGGGAUGCGGCGGCCGCAUUUGCGUCUACUCGCGGCGGUGGCUGGGCUGCUGGUCGCGUGCGCCGCCGUCGCGCCGCGCUCCUCGGCGCUCAACGUCGGCCUCCAGUCCGCCGACACCGACGGCGACGGCGUGAGCAAGCAGCAGGCGUGCAGCCGUACGUGCGAGUCCGACCACUGCACGACGGCGCCGUUCCUGCGGUACGGCAAGUACUGCGGCAUCCUCUACAGCGGCUGCCCCGGCGAGCGGCCCUGCGACCCCCUCGACGCCUGCUGCAUGCGCCACGACUACUGCGUCCAGGCAAAGAAUGAUUACCUGAGCACGCAGUGCAACGAGAGCCUGCUGGAGUGCCUGGCGGAGCUGCGGGAGGGCGGGGGCACCUUCGAGGGCAACAAGUGCAUGAUCGACGAGGUCAUCGACGUCAUCACCGUCGUCAUCGAGGCCGCCGUCGUCGCCGGACGGGUCCUCCACAAGCCCUAGCACUUUACGCAGCCCGGCGGCCGGCGCGCCGUCGGCGUACGGCGGAGCUCUACCAACGAUCAAUGGCGAGGGGAUCGACUUGUAACAGCUUGCGCGGUAGGUGGGUGGUACACGCUUUGCUUGCUUGGUCUGUGUGUCACGGCCGGCCGGCGUGUUGUGUGGCCAUGGCCCUCCGGUCGUGUCGAUCGCCUCAACUACGACGUACCCGCGGUCACAUGCAUUGUUGUGUGAUGCUUAGCUAAGAUCGACCGUGCCUAAACUGGCUUACCAUAAAUAUGUAUGUACAUGGAGAUGAGAGCACAGUAUAAUCUGCUUGACUUUUA